UCUUCGAAACACAAACACUGCCGUUUUGCGACUCUUUCCGUAACAUGUUCGUUAGGAUUCGAUUUUUGUCGCUGAAAAUCCGCUUCCUAUAAAAACUCCUUCCUUUCAAUCCCGCUGAAACAAGUCUCUCUCUCUCUCGCCAAUGGAAACUGGUGAAAGAAGAAUCUCAAGCUCUCUUUGUCUGCAGCUCAUCUGCAUCGCAUUGGUUGUAUGCCACAUCGAUUUUGUUGGAGCUGAUGCGUUAGAUACUUCAACUAUUCAAAGAGAGUUCAAAGAGUUUCGACCCUUGUAUGACUGUGAGCAGUGCCGUUUGGGGAAGGAAGAAGGUAAUUCUUCUGUUACGGGAGUCGGUAAUCAUCCAGAUGAAAAGGAUUUUGACAUCGUUGCAACAUACAGCGACGCAUCUGGUGCUGUUCGAAUUAGUAGGGUGAAAAUGAGGGAUCUAUCUGCUUCUUGGGUAUGGGAAAACCCUAUGGAUGGUAACCUUGACCAGCCACAGAUUUCCCAGGCGGUGGAAGAUUCAUUUCAAUCUGGGAUAAGAUCUGGAGAGAAUGUUGAGUAUUCUACUGAUGAGCAUCAGGAAGGUGGAAGCCCAUAUCCUCACAUGUCAUUAAUGAGCCCAGUGAAGCUCAUGCGGCGGAAAAAGCGGCACGAAAGGAGGGAUCUUCGAACUGCACAGUUGAUUGGACAAGAUAAAGAAACUGACAAUGAGAUGGUAGCAGCAGCAAUUGAACGAUCUGAAGGAUUUGACACCACCGUCAAGGGCAAGUACAGUAUAUGGAGGCGAGAUUUUAAUAGCCCAAAUUCCGAUUCAACCCUGAAACUUAUGCGGGACCAGCUCUUAAUGGCCAAAGCAUAUGCAAACAUUGCCAAGUCUAAGAAUGAAACGAGUCUUUACGAUUCUCUCCUGAAACACUCUAGAGAAAGUCAACAUACUAUUGGAGAAGCAAGAUCUGAUGCUGAACUUCACCCCAGUGCUCUUGAUCGAGCAAAAGCAAUGGGCCAUGUUCUCUCCAUAGCGAAAGACCAAUUAUAUGAUUGUGCCAUAGUCGCAAGGAAGUUUAGAGCCAUGCUUCAAUCAACUGAAAAGAAUGUAAAUCUACUGAAGGAAAAGAAUGCAUUCUCGAUUCAGCUAGCUGCGAAAACAGUGCCUAAACCGUUGCAUUGCCUGCCUCUGCAUCUUGCAACAGAUUAUUAUCUGCAGGGUUAUCAUAAGAAACAGGAUCUUGACAAAGAAAAGCGUGAAGAUCCUUCUCUCUAUCACUAUGCCAUCUUUUCUGACAAUGUACUAGCAACGUCGGUGGUUGUCAAUUCUACUGUGCUACACACAAAGGAACCUGAGAAGCAUGUUUUCCAUAUAGUCACAGAUAAACUGAAUUUCGCUGCAAUGAGAAUGUGGUUUCUUGUCAACCCUCCUCCAAAAGCAACAGUCCAUGUCGAAAACAUUGAUGAUUUCAAGUGGCUGAAUUCCUCAUACUGUUCUGUUCUACGUCAACUUGAAUCUGUGAGAAUCAAAGAAUACUAUUUUAAGGCAAAUCAUCCUUCUUCCAUCUCCACUGGGUCUGACAAUCUUAAGUAUAGGAACCCAAAAUAUUUGUCCAUGUUGAAUCAUCUUAGAUUCUAUCUUCCUGAAGUUUACCCAAAGUUAGACAAGAUCUUAUUUUUGGAUGAUGAUAUUGUAGUUCAGAAGGAUCUCACUCCUCUUUGGUCCAUUGAUCUGGGAGGGAUGGUAAAUGGUGCAGUGGAGACAUGCAAGCAUAGCUUCCAUAGGUUUGACAAGUAUCUCAACUUCUCUAACCCAAAGAUCUCUGAGAAUUUCGAUCAAAAUGCUUGUGGCUGGGCAUUUGGCAUGAAUAUUUUUGACUUGAAGGAGUGGAAAAAGCGAAACAUCACUGGAAUAUAUCAUCACUGGCAAGAUAUGAAUGAGGACAGAACACUUUGGAAACUUGGCACAUUGCCUCCGGGACUGAUCACUUUCUAUAACUUGACCUAUCCGCUGCAUCGGGGUUGGCAUGUCUUGGGGCUUGGCUAUGAUCCAGCCCUUAAUAAAACAGAGAUAGAGAAUGCAGCUGUCAUCCAUUACAACGGAAACUACAAGCCCUGGUUGGCUUUGGCUGUUUCCAAGUACAGGUCUUACUGGUCUAGAUAUGUAAUGUUUGAUAACCCUUAUCUUCGAUUGUGUGACAUUAGCGAAUAACUAUUUUUUCUCCAUCUUACGAGUGUAAUCAUUGAUUUUUUUCCCAAAGAAAAGAAACGCAAUAUAUAUGCCUUGUUGCUUACACAGAAA